AUGACCAAAGUCAUUAUUCAACCCGACGAGUUAACGACUGCAGCCUCUGUCCUCUCCUUGAGCCCUCUCGAUAUCAAAUUCUCUGCUCCUGCUCGGCUCUACCGUUCCCAAUUUUCAUCCGAAUGGGAAUACUCUGGAUCCUAUGGAAUUGUUACCGUGAACGUUGAUAAAGCCUCUUCUGCUGCUUUCAUCCGAUUGGUAGAUUUAGUAAAGAAAAAGGUGGUCAUGGAACAAGAAUGUUAUGAAGGUUUUGAAUACUUGAUCUUGGCUGAUAACUUCCAUGCGUUUGAAGCAGACAAUCAUUUUGUGGGUUUGUUGUUUGCGGAACGUUUUGAUGCUGCUACCUUUGGAAAGCAAGUGAGUCAAUUGAUUCGUUUGACGAGUGGAGGAAGCAUCAAUCCACCAACCUCAUCAUCACCACAACCACAACAACAGUUACCUCCCAAACCUACAACUCGUAUCACAACGUCCGAUACUGGUGGUGAAUCUGUAAAGAAAAGUGGUUCUACUUCUUCAGUAACAACAACUCCAACAAAAAGUGCAGAACCUGAGAAGAAAGAAUCUGGUGGUGGUUUCUUAAGUAAAUUCUGGUCCAAGGAUAAAAAGCAAACACCAGAUCGCUCCACGAUCAAGAUCUCUGGACCCAAGAUUGAAAAGUUUAAACAUGUUUCUCACAUUGGAUUUGACCCAAAGAAGGGAUUCACUGAAAUUCCUCCUGAGUGGAAGUCCAUCUUUGAGAAGGCAGGUAUUUCUGAAGAGGAAUUGAAGGAUAAGAAAACUGCCAAGUUCUUGUUGCAAACGAUUGCCACUGUGGGAAGUGGAGAUGGAAAUGCAACCUUUGCAACUCCACCACCUCCAAUGGAUCAUGGAAACUUGCCAAAACCUCCAAGCAGUAGACCUCCACCUCCUCCAUUUAAGGGCGCAUCCAGCAGUGCCAGUAGUAGUAGUAGCACGAGUACUAGUAACACUGGUGGUGGGUUUGUUCCACCUCCUCCAAUGAAUGUACCAAUUGUCGCCAAUAAUAUUCCUCCUCCACCAUCUUUGGCUCAAGCUGUUGCUGUGACAAGUCCAUCCAUUACCGGUGAUGAGAGCGGAGGCGGUGGUUACACGGGAAUGGACAUGUUGUCAGAGAUUAAAGCAAAAAAGCUAAAGUCUGUGAAACAAGAGGAUUUACCUGACGUUACUCGCAUGCAAGAGAGCGAACAAAAUAGUUUAGCUCUCUCUCUUCAAAAAGCCAUGGAGCUGAGAAGAGCAAAAGUUGAAAUGUCAAGCGAAGAAGAGGAUGACGAUGAAGACGAUGAUUGGGAAUUGUAA